AUGGCGUGCAGCCACCGUGACACCGGCUACCGCAGCCUGGGGGUCGACGAGGACGAGGAAGAACUGCAUAAUGCGGAGCCUACCUUGACCUCGGAGACUGUAACCGGAGAGGAGGAGGCUACGCUGUCCGAACCUGAGCCCGGAGAAGCAGCAGCAGCAGACUACUUUGAUGCGGUCGGUCCCAACUUCUUGGAUGAAAACCGUGUGGGCGGCGGCGGUCUUGAGCCCCCGCAGCAGCAGGAGGAGCUGGCCGCCCUGGCCGCUGAGGGGCCACAGAUGGUACCGAGAAGCCUGCGCCGCAACCGUACGGUGUUCACCGUCUUGCAGCUGCGGGAGCUGGAGAGAACUUUCCAGCGCAAUCGUUACCCCGACGUGUUCGCGCGAGAGGUGAUUGCAAGACGCUUGAAUUUGCCUGAAGCCAUAGUGCAGGUUUGGUUUCAGAACAGAAGGGCCAAGUGGAGAAGACAACAGAGGGCACUGAUGUUCAGAAAUCUGAUCCCCAUUGCCUUGCGCCCCCAUGUGGGGAUAAUCUUGAAUGGGCCCUAUCAGGCAAUCCCUGUUAUAAGGCCUACAUGGAGAUGUGUUCCUGCAGUGCCACUUGCACCACCUGUACUACCCGGACCACCACCUCUGCCACCCAGGCUGCCACACGGGCCACCACCUCUGCCACCCGGGCCACCACCUCUGCCACCCGGGCCACCAUUUCUGCCACCCGGGAUGCCACCCAUGCCACCCGGGAUGCCACCCAUGCCACCUGGGAUGCCUUUGCCACCCCUACCACCUGUGCCUCCCUUUGCUGUGGCCCCUGUAGGUAUUGCAUGGGGCCCUGUCAUCAAUGGUCAUUUCGCAGGUCCCAUUUUCUGA